AUGCACAGAACUUACUCGUUGAGAAACUCGAGAGCCCCCACCGCUGCCCAGCUUCAAAACCCAGCUCCUCCUCCAGCAACCACCAAAAACCGGUUUUUCGGCCGUGGUGGUCUGGCCAACUCCCUCCGCAAGAACACGGCGGGCGCUUUUGGACCCGAACUCGCCCGUAAGCUGUCGCAACUCGUGAAAAUCGAAAAAAACGUGCUGCGGUCCAUCGAGGUGGCCGCCAACGAGCGUCGUGACGCAGCCCGCCAACUCUCCGUGUGGGGGCUCGAAAACGACGACGACGUGUCCGACAUCACCGACAAGCUCGGCGUGCUCAUCUACGAAAUGAGCGAGCUCGACGACCAGUUCAUCGACCGCUACGACCAGUACCGUCUCACCAUCAAAUCCAUCCGUGACAUCGAGGGCUCCGUCCAGCCCUCGCGCGACCGCAAGGCCAAAAUCACCGACAAAAUCGCCUACCUCAAGUACAAGGACCCCGCGUCCCCCAAGAUCGAGAUCCUCGAGCAGGAACUCGUGCGUGCCGAGGCCGAAUCGCUAGUCGCCGAGGCCCAGCUCUCCAACAUCACCCGUUCCAAGCUGCGUGCCGCUUUCAACUACCAGUUCGACUCCGUUGUGGAACACUCUGAGAAGCUGGCCCUCAUCGCUGGGUACGGUAAGGCCCUGCUAGAGUUGUUGGACGACUCCCCCGUGACCCCUGGCGAAACUCGUCCCGCUUACGACGGCUACGAGGCCUCCAAGCAGAUCAUUAUCGAUGCCGAGACCGCGUUGAACGAGUGGACUUUGGACGCGGCCCAGGUGAAGCCCAGUUUGUCGCUAAGACACGGUGAUUACGACUACGAAGACGAAGAAGAGGUCGAAGCCGGUGACACCGAAGCUACUGAAGAGCAACACUGGGUCGAUGAAGAGCCAGCUCACGCCACCGCCUAA